CUCGUGUUCCAUUUUCGUCAUGACGAGCUUGAUAUGGUUAACAGCACAAGAAGCUGCAAAGAACAGAGGAAAAGUUCUUUCCUUGUACCGUCAAUUACUGAGGAGCCUUAACUCACCAAAGCUGCAGCUUAGCUACGCUUCAAGACUCGCAAAGAAAGCUGAGGUUAAGACCAUCUUCUUGUUUGGCUCCGAGGAGAUCUCGAAACACAACGUUGCCGAUCUCAUCCGUACUGGUGAAUAUGCUCUUUCUCAGUUGAAACAAGGCAAAAUCCCAAACAACACUACUCAGUAUUGAGAGCCAAAAUGUUGUUUCCAUGGCAUUUCUCCAUCCUUGGUGAUUACAAUUUUCAAGUCUUUCAUCAAUACAUAUGGCGUGAUGCUCUUUUUCAUUUAUUGGAAACCUUGAA